AUCUCUUGACAACUUCCUGUACAGCAGAAACAUGUGAGAAACGUGCAUUAUUAUUACUGCACUGUCUUGAGUCAUUUAAACGACCUCCUUAAUAUUAUCGCGACUUGUAUGUAACAGUAUUUGCCAUAAUCAGUAAUAAACAUUGUUGUUUUUAGAGACGUUUGCUGGCUGUGAAGAACAGUCGAGCUGAACUCGUGGUGAAAAUGCCUGCAGUUACUUUAUUUGUCAGGAGAUUACCUGAAACAGCCACCAAUGAUCGUCUGACAGCAGUAUUCUCUGAAAUAGGACCACUGAAGAACUGCUUCGUUGUCAGUGAUAGAGAAACUAAGAAAUGUCGUGGUUUUGGAUAUGUGACGUUCUCUAUGGAAGAAGAUGCACAACGGGCAAUAAAAGAAGUCAAGGAAUAUGAGAAGCAGAAUAUAUUUGUUACCGUAGCCAAGAGAAAACCCGAUGAUAAGAAAAAGAAGAAGAAAGUGAAAAUAGAAGAAGAUUCAGAAGAUACAGAGAAACCUAAGAAAUCAGCAGAAACCAAAAGUCCUGAAAAGUUUACAGGCAUAAAAAAAACAAAAUUGAAAGCUCGGCUGAUCAUCAGAAAUCUCAGUUUUAAGUGUGAAGAAGACGAUUUGAAGCAGAUCUUCUCCAAGUUUGGAACUGUGCUUGAGACCAAGAUUCCCUUAAAAUCAGAUGGGAAGAAGCGAGGUUUUGCGUUUGUCCAGUUUAAGAACAUGUCAGAAGCUGGAAAAGCUCUUGCUGCGAUGAACCUGAAGGAGAUCAAAGACAGACAGGUGGCUGUGGAUUGGGCAGUUCCAAAGGACAAGUAUCUCGCCACCCAAUCAGCUUUAGCGCCUGGAACUAUCAAAGAAGAGAAUGUGGAUUCUGAAGUGGAUCCAGGAACUGAUGGGAAUGAAGGUGCCAAGAAAAAGUCUGUAUCACUGGAAGAGAAGGAUGACUCCGAGUCAGAGGAAGAGGACGAUUCAGAGGAUGACGACAAUGCAGAAAAUGAAUCUGAGCAGACAGAUAGUGAUGCCAGAGAACCUAAAGAUGACGAUGAUGAUGAUGAUGACGACGACGACGACGACAAUGAUGACGACGACGAUGAUUACGAAGAGGACAAUAAGGAAAAAACUCUUCCAAAGAAGAAGAGAGACCCUCUUUCUUCAGAUGUGAUUGAAGGAAGAACUAUCUUCAUCAGAAAUCUGUCCUUUGACACAGAUGAAGAGGGUUUGGAGGAAGCUUUGUUGCAGUUUGGCGAGCUAAAAUACGUACGUGUGGUGAUGAACUCAGACACUGGACAUUCAAAAGGUUGUGCUUUUGCUCAGUUCAAAAGUAAAGAAGCGGCAGAGAAAUGUAUUGCUGCUGCUCAAGAUGAUAAAGAGUUUGGUGGCAUUAGGGUUGAUGGCAGGAGAUUGAACAUUUUGCCAGCCGUAAACCGAGAAGCUGCGGCAAAAUUAAAGGACAAGAAAGUGAAAACCCACACAGGCACCAGGAACCUUUACCUCGCCAGAGAGGGCUUGAUUCGUCCUGGAUCCAAGGCAGCAGAGGGACUUUCAGAAGGUGACAUGGCCAAGAGAAAAAGAUUUGAUGAGCUGAAAAGGGCAAAGUUAAGGGACGUUAAUGUGUAUGUGUCUAAAACACGGCUGCGUGUCCAUAACCUGCCUUUGAGCGUCAAUCAGCCUAAAUUUCGCAAACUCUGCCUCUCCGCUGCUGGUGGUAAAGGCGUCCGCAUCACUGAGUGUCGUGUGAUGUAUGAUAAGAAGCCUAUUCGGGGUCAGGUGAUGGGUAAAUCUCUAGGAUACGGCUUUGUGGAGUUUAUAGAACAUGAACAGGCUUUACAAGCCCUACGUCACCUCAACAACAACCCAGACAUCUUUGGACCCCUAAAGAGACCCAUAGCAGAGUUCUCUCUGGAGGAUGGCAAGAAGCUGAAACUUAAAGCCAUUCGUCUGAAAAACAGCAAGCUACCCAAAAAGGACAGUAGCCAAACAGGAGGGCAGCCGCAGCAUCCUUCAGGAAAGAUGAAAGGUCCCUUGCGGAAAGGAAAUGCAGCUAAUGUUGAUAAACAGGGGAAGGCACAAGAUAGCCAGUACUCUGGGUUUAUGACCAAACCAGAGGUGGAGCACGUAGAAAUGAAGGAUGGCAAAAAACGGCAGAAGGUUCUGCAUAUGCCUUCACAUAGAGGCCCAAAGAUCAGGCAACGCGAUAAAGGGAAACAACCCAUGGUGCAACCCAAGACACAGAAGAAAGGACCCAGCAGGAAAGAUAGAAAUAUGUCUACUUUCAUUGAGAAACGCAGCAUAAACGGGAAACAGAAUGGCAAACCUGCAAAGAGAAAGUUCCAGAGCAGAGAGGAUGCUCGCUUUGACAGUUUGGUGGACCAGUACAAAAAGAAACUGAUGGGCAAAUCAAACACUAAGACUGUAGUCAAGAAGGGCAAAUGGUUCAGCUGAACAUG